UGUCUCUCCUGCAAGGGCUGCAUCGCUGUCCCUUCACUCCUGGGAUGGUCGGGAUUUGCUAGAGCUUCUCAUUAAGACAGAGAACUUGGCAGAAGACAAAAGGAUUCCUUCCAGUCUCGCAGAGGCUUCCUGAGACCACAGAUGGAUGACCGAGACUCAGCUGGCCCUGAAGCGGGAAGAGGCCAUGCCAUCCAAAGUGGGAACAGUGGGGGAUUCUGGGAAAACUCUGUGCAGAAGAUGCUGGGUGAGGAGGACACCCUCCGCUCAGAGGUGCAGAGCCAGCAGUUGAGGCAGUUCUGCUGCCUGGAGGCCAAAGGACCCCGAGAGGUUUGCAGCCGACUCUACCACUUUUGCCACCAGUGGCUGAAGCCAGAAAGGCACACAAAAGCUGAGAUGCUGGACCGGGUGAUCUUGGAGCAGUUCCUGGCUGUCCUUCCCCCAGAGAUGGAGAGCUGGGUGAGGGAAUGCGGAGCGGAGACCAGUUCCCAGGCGGUGGCCCUGGCCGAAGGUUUCCUCCUGAGUCAGGCAGAGGAGAGAAAGCAGAAACAGAGAAAGCAGGAAAAGGAUCUCUUUGCAGAAAUGGACCUGGAUUCCUGUGAGGCAGAGAGGCCUCCGUUGGACACCAGAGAGAGGCUACUGGGUGACAGAAUGAAGCCAGCAAGACCUCCUUAUUCACCUUUUCAUGGGGGCAGAAGGGAAGCAGUGGCUGUGGAACCAGAUCAGGGUCCAGUGUGCUUUGAAGAUGUCGCUGUUUGUUUCACGGACGAGGAGUGGGCGUUGCUGGAUCCUGACCAGAGAGCUCUGCAUAAGGACGUCAUGGAGGAGAAUCGUGGGAUCGUGGCCUCUCUUGGUAAGGCUCCCUGUGGGAUCGUCCUAUCUGGCUGGAAAUUCAACAAAUACCUCUGUGUGACAAACCUCAUGUCAGGAUCCUGCACUCCCUGCCCCUCGCCCCUUGUCCCUCCCUAUCCAGACAGGAACUGUGCGAGAGGGGUUGGAAUUCAGACACGUGUACGAAAUACAGAAAUCACGAAGGUAGUUCUGCCACCGCUUCUUCAUGCCAUAAGCGACCCUCGGGCGGGAGCCAAGGAGGUCCAAUCCCACCUUUACCAGGUGCACUUAGCAUUGCGUACUUUAUCGUACCACAGAAAUUCAACCGAUAAGGUUUUUCAAUUGCAAAACUCUGGCUCACUUUACUGUGGCACAGGCAGAAGUUCAAUCAAUAGGGUAGGUGACUAAGCAGCUGAGGAACUGUAAUUAGCUUCCCCUCAGCAAAGUACCAAAGACUCAAAAAACAGAAGUCCUUUCCAAGAUUUAUUGCAAAAACGAGACAGCUUAAAACAGUGCACAUUUCUUCUUCCAAAAUGACAAAAAGAACGGCUUUUCCACAGAACUCUCGAGACUUGAAAAAGAUUUGAUUGAAACAAAAAAUAAACCACUCUCUAAAAUGUACAGGCUUCUCCUUGACUGGGAGGUCAAGGAGGAAGUAAAAUCAGUAAUGGUACAAUGGGCCAGGGAUUUUGGUUAUAACAUCCAAAUGGAAUCAUGGGAGAGGCUAUGGAGGCAGCAUUUGAAAUUCACUGCAUGUUACGAUUUAAAAGAGAAUUGCACAAAAAUGGUCUACAGGUGGUACUUAACAGCUGUAAAACUGGCCCAAAUGUAUAAAUCUAGGUCAAACAUUUGUUGGAAAUGUAGGAAUGCGCAGGGCACCAUGAUCCACAUGUGGUGGAACUGCAAAAAUAUCAGGGAAUUUUG